AUGCUGUGCCAAAUUUGCGAAGCAGGUAUUAGAGAUGCAGCUCUUCGCCUGGAAGAAACGCCAAAGAAGUCCCACCUGGAGGGCACGAGUGGCUACGAGAGAGUCACAGGAGACACCCAAGUAGUGGUUCAGCUGCAUAGUAGCAUUGAAGGUCUGCAUAGCUCAAUCGCGACAGGCUGUUUGUUCUGCCGAAACUUGUGGGUUCGUCGCUUGUACGAAAGGCCCAGCCUCCAGGGCAAAGACGGACGCAUCAAUCUUCCAUUGCUCGAGCAUAUCACAACCGUCUUUCGGGCAGAAGGCCAGGCGAUCACACAAAUGACCCUCGAGACCCGACAUGAUUCCAUAAUAGUCGAGUUUUCCGAUCAUGGAGACUGGGGUUCUAAUGGCAUCAAGUACUUCAUGUCAAGACUGGACCCGAUUGAAUUCGACAAUCAUGUCGAGUCACCAGUCAGUGAGUUGCAUACUUCAACAAAAGAUUCGGUCUCGCUAUGGCGAAAAUGGUACACUAUAUGCAAACAGACUCAUCAUAAUUGUCGUUUGUCGGAACAAAAUAGUACCUUUAGACCCAAGAGGCUCAUCCAAGUAUAUGAAAAGGACUCCGAGGUUUGGAGUCUGGUAGAUGAGACGAUGGGCAUUGUUGAACCUUAUGCAACUCUAAGUCAUUGCUGGGGAGCAUCUCAACCCAGACGCUUGAUGAAAGAAGAUCUUCCUAGGUUCAAGGAGAGAAAUCUAGUGUCGGAGCUUCCAAAAACCUUUGUGGACGCGAUUGAUGUGGCCAAGUCGCUCGGAAUCUACUAUAUUUGGAUCGACUCUCUUUGCAUCAUCCAAGAUGAUCAGGAGGAUUGGAGGGAGCAGUCGUCGUUGAUGAGAUCAGUCUACACCUAUGCGGACUGCAACAUUGCUGCUAGCUGGUCGACGGGAAGUUCAGGGGGCCUCUUUAGUACCAGCGACGCGGCUCUCAAGGACGCAACCUAUAUCAAUCUCGGCUUCGAGUUUCACGGUUGUCCAAUGUACCAAUUCUCGCGCAUCUCUUCAUUCGAGAACGACGUUGUCAAUGCGCCGCUGAACACCCGAGCUUGGGUGUCGCAGGAGCGCUAUCUCGCACGGAGGCAAUUGAGCUUCACAGCCAGUCAGGCGUACUGGGAAUGUCCCGAGCUUGUGGCCAAUGAGCAGUGCCCAAGCGGCCUCACCGACAAUCUCUGGACGAGGCAGCAAUCUCUCUCUAUGUGGAGGAAGAGGCUGGUUCCUACGAGUGAGGAAGACUUUAGGCGCAUUUGGUCUAAUAUCGUGGAACAAUAUUCGGGGUGCGCGCUCACCAAGAAGACGGACAAGGUCAUUGCUCUGUCGGGCCUCGCUGAUCACCUCCAACGGACAAGGCACCAUACCGGUAACUUGUAUGUCCAGGGUCUUUGGAGUCGCGAUUUUCACCGGCAGCUCUGUUGGACCAGUCACUUUUCCGAAUCCAAGCCAAAACAAUUGGAUAGGUCCAUUGCCCCGACAUGGUCUUGGCUGAACCUUGACGGAAAAGUGCAGCAAGACGAUGCCUACAACAACCCGUGGGGUAAGUAUCGGAUACCAUGGGUUCAAGCUGAAGAUGACGGCAUAAUCACGACAACCGACGGUCCUUUAAGUCUCACAGGCAUUGCGCUCUUUGGGACUCUUCAAAAUCACGAUCCCUUUGGCUCGGGUCGAUACGAGGACAAGGUCCUGUUAUCUCGUCCCUUGGAAUCUCCGGGACUCGAACCGCUGUUUUCCCUGGGGGGCACUUUUGACUGGAACGUGUCAGAGUGGCCAGGAGACGCUGCACAGCCCCGGGAGCUCUGCUUCUUUAUGGUGAACAUGAGCCUCGUGACGGAGGAGAUUCAUGGCCUCAUCCUUUGGCAGGUACCCUCGGCUCAGGGGCAUGUGGCCCAUGUUAGGUUGGGUACCUUAACGUUUGCAGGCAUGCCUGGGCGCCAUACCACCUCUAGAACGCCUCUCAUGCAACAUAUAGCAGCCCGUCAAGGCCUACCACGCUGUACAGAGGUAAUCCAAAAUCCAGGAACGGAAUUUGCAUUCGCGGGGGCCCAUGGGUACAUGAAGACACGAGAGCAGCGUGCUGAGAGAGUCCGUUGGGAAAUGGAUCUGAAUCGCACGGAUAUGAAGGACCUGGUGUACACUGUUCAUAUUCAAUGA